UAAGAAAACUUUAAAAACCCCAUUUCUUGUGCAUUUUCUUAGCAUGCACAUCGAUACCUAUUGCAACACGGAGGCUACAACCUCACUGAUAAGGCAGCACAUACCUGCAGCCAGCCUGAUCCAAGAGAACGACGAGCAGCUUGUGUACACCCUGCCACUCAAGGACAUGGACAAGUUUGCAGGUUUGUUUUCAGACCUCGACACUCAUUCCCACUUGGGUGUUAUCACCUAUGGUGUUUCCAUGACAACGCUGGAGGAUGUCUAUCUGAAACUGGAAGUUGAGGCAGAGAUUGAUCAAGCAGAUUACAGCGUGUUCAAUUCCCAGCAAGUGCAGGAUGAAAUGGAUACUAAAUCCCUGGAUGAUAUGGAGCAGAGCCUCCUGAUGCUGUCUGAGACGAAGGCUCAGGCGAUGAGCAACACAACCCUCUGGAAGAAGCAGGUUUCCACCAUAGCAAAAGUUCACUUCCUUAGUCUCAAGCGGGAAAAUAAAUGUGUGAGAGUGAUGUUGUUGCUUUUUCUGAUUUUUCUAGUAGUUCAGAUUUUAUUGUUUUUCAUACACCACAUCAUCAAAAACUCUGUCACUGCUAUCAGACUUUCCCCAGACUUGUACAUGCUGAAGCCUGGGGAGGACUAUCACAAGUACAGGAGUCGUCUCCUGCUGCAGAACUCCACAGAAUCGGAUAUUGAUGACAUUGUCCGCUCUCUUGGGAGCAUGAACGUCCUCUUGGAGAUGUUCAAUGACAGUGAUUACGUCUCAGCUGCCCCUCACAGCGCAGCUUUAAACGUGUUUGACCUUGAAUCCAGACAGAAUUAUGUGUUCAUGAUCAUAUUCAACAGCACCAUGGUGCAUUCCCUGCCAGUGUUGAUGAAUAUUGUCAGCAACCUCCUUCUACGCAAUCUGAACGUGACGGAGAGCAUUGAGAUCUGGAGCAAUCCCUUCCUUCAGAAUCUUCCAGACACAAUUUUCAGACUAGAGAUCUAUUUUGAAGCUGUCCUACUGGGAAUCAUUAUUACUGGAAUGCCACCCUAUUUUGCCAUGGACAAUGCAGAAAACCAUAAGAUCAAAGCUUACACGCAGCUGAAGAUAGCAGGGCUUUAUCCCUCUGCUUACUGGACUGGCCAAGCUGUGGUGGACCUCCCCCUGUUCUUCUCCAUCCUUGUCCUGAUGAUAGGCAGCCUCUUUGCUUUUCACUACGGCGUUUAUUUCUACGUGGGCAAGUUCCUCGCUGUGAUUUUUUGCCUCAUUGGUUAUGUCCCAUCAGUUGUGCUCUUCACUUACGUGGUCUCCUUCACGUUUAAAAAAGUCCAGAAUACGAAAGAAUUUUGGUCAUUUAUAUUUUCAGUGACAGCCUUGCUCUGUACGGUAGUCACUGAAGUGGCCUUUUUUCUGGACUAUUACCUGGUGACCACCAUCCUGCAUUAUGUCUUCUCCAUCUUCAUUCCUAUUUAUCCCCUUAUUGGCUGUCUCAUUUGUUUUAUAAAGGUCUCGUGGAAAGGCAAGCGGAAGAACGGAGGAUACCACGACCCGUGGGACAGGCUCCUGGUAGCAGUCAUAGCUCCCUAUGUGCAGUGCGUUGUGUGGCUCUUCCUACUGCGAUGUCUCGAGCUGAAGAAUGGAGGGAGGACAGUGAGAGAGGAUCCAUUUUUCAGAAAAUGUUUCACAAAAGCCAAAACCUGGAAGUUCCCAGAUGUCCCACGUGAUGAGAACGAAGAUGAUGAUGUGAAGGCGGAGAGGCUGCGUGUCCGUGAAAUACUGAGCAGCCCCAAAAGUGAGGAGAUGCCAGCAAUCCUGGUCAGCAGCUUGCACAAAGAGUUUGAUGAAAGAAAAGAAUUUCUUCUGGGGAGAAAAAUCAAGAAAGUGGCAACAAAACAUGUUUCUCUCUGCGUAAAAAAAGGAGAAAUACUGGGUUUGUUAGGACCCAAUGGAGCUGGGAAAAGCACGUUAAUUAAUAUGCUUGUUGGAGAGGUUGAGCCAACCAGUGGGCAGGUUCUGAUGGGAGAUUAUGCUUUUGGCUUGAGCAGUGAAGAUGACUCAGUGAAAUUUGUGGGGUACUGUCCUCAAACGAACCCGCUUUGGCCAGAUAUUACAUUGCAGGAACACUUUGAAAUUUAUGGUGCUAUCAAAGGAAUGAGUCAGUCUGAUGUUAAGGAAGUCAUAAAGCGCAUUGCAAGUGCCCUGGAUUUAAAAGACCACCUGCAGAAGACAACGAAGAAGCUGGGAGUUGGACUGAAACGCAAGCUGUGCUUUGCCCUGAGUAUGCUGGGCAACCCACGGGUGACGCUCUUGGAUGAACCAUCAACUGGGAUGGAUCCAAAGGCCAAGCAGCACAUGUG